UUUAUUUUAUUUUCACAGAUGCUAACUCUACAAAAAGCAGAAAGAAUAAAAAGUUAUCAAAAUCAUCUCAGAAUAAAUUUAAAUUGAAGAGCACCUCCUCAAACAAACCCUCCAAAAAUGACACAGUACAAGGAGCUAACAAACCACUUGGCCGAGUAGAGGGCAGCUCUAGGGACUUAACUCCUAAAGAUAAUAACAUAAAAGAUAUUAUUAGCCAAUAUCCACAACGUAAUACACUCACUCCUAAUAAGGCAAGAGAAAACACCUCACUCAUCACCUCAGAUACCACUCCAGUAGAGGAUGUUAGAAUUGAGGCCAUCGAAGUUGAAAAUCAAAUUAAUGAAUUACGAAUCAAAGAAUUUGCAUCAACCAUUGUCAGGAAGGUAUUGGCAGACAGUCAACAAUACCUGCUUGACAGUAAUGAAGAAACACCAAUCAGCGACACCACAACAGGCAAGACAUUUCUUUCUUGAAUUAACUCUUUUACCUUGAGAUUUUAAUAUUAAAUUCAAUUUUCAAAAAUAACAUUUCUUUUGGAGUAGCUUUUAACAAUAAUUGUGUCAACAAUCAGUGAUUUUUUUUGAAAAACCCAAAUACUACUUACUUUUUAUGGUCAUAACUAAAUAAUGAUGAUGAUGAUGAUGAUAAUUGUAUAAAGGCCUAGUACUUAAAAUGACAAUAUUGAUAAAAUGAUUAUAAUCCUACAUUAGAUUUUGUCCACAAUAAAGCAACUGAGGCCAUCAUCACUCCAAUUGAAGCCCAACAACACUCCUCAUCACUCAACACCACUGACGUCCCACCAGUAGAUGAUGUCAGAAUCGAGGCCAUCGAAGACGGAUGUCCACCAAGUGAUGAACUUAUCGAAGAAAUGGCAUCCGCCUUUGUUGGGGACAUCGUGUCAAAGGCGUUGGCACAGACUCAACAAGAACUGGUUGUGGAUGAUCAAGAAAUACCAAUCAGCGAUAUUACAAAAGAUAUUAUCCACAAUGAAGCCAUUAUCACUCCAGUUGAAGCCCUACAAAACUCCUCAUCAGUCAAUACCACAGCCAUCCAACCAGUAGAUGAUGUCAAGAUGGAGGCCAUCGAAGUCGGAAGUCCAAGUGAUGGACUUCUCGAAGAAAUGGCAUCCGCCUUUGUUAAGGACAUCUUGUCAAAGGCGUUGGCACAAACUCAACAAGAGCUGCUGGUGGCUGAUCAAGCACCACCAAUCUGCGACACCACAAUAGAUAUUAGCCAAAAAUCAGUCACCGAAGCCAUUAUCACUCCAGUUGAGGACCAACAAGUCUCCUCACCAGUCAAUACCACAGUCAUCCAACCAGUAGAUGAUGUCAAAACAGAGGCCAUCGAAGCCGGAAUUCCAAGUGAUGGACUUCUCGAAGAAAUGGCGUCCGCCUUUGUUGAGGACAUCUUGUCCAACGCGUUGGCACAAACUCAACAAGAGCUGCUGGUGGCUGAUCAAGCAAAACCAAUCAGCGACACCACAAUAGCCACGGAAGCCAUUAUCACUCCAGUUGAAGACCAACUAGUCUCCUCAUCAGUCAAUACCACAGUCAUCCAACCAGUAGAUGAUGUCAAAACGGAGGCCAUCGAAGACGGAAUUCCAAGUGAUGAACUUCUCGAAGAAAUGGCAUCCGCCUUUAUUGAGGAUAUCUUGUCAAACGCGUUGGCACAAACUCAACACGAGCUGCUGGUGGCUGAUCAAGCAACACCAAUCAGCGACACCACAAUAGAUACUAUCCACAAUGAAGCCAUUAUCACUUCAGUUGAGGCCACACAUGACUUUUCAUCAGUCAACACCACAGCCAUCCAACCAGUAGAUGAUGUCAAAUUAGAAGCCAUCGAAGCAGAAAAUCCAAGUGAUGAACUUCUCGAAGAAAUGGCAUCCGCUUUUGUUAUGGACAUCUUGUCAAAGGCGUUGGCACAGACUCAACAAGGCCUACUUUUGUGUAAUCAAGAAACAGCAAUCAACGAUAGCACAAUAGAUAAUAUCCACAAUGAAGCCACAGAAGACUCUAUCACUUCAGUUGAGGCCCCACAAGACUCUUCAUCAGUCAACACCACAACCAUCCAACCAGUAGAUGAUGUCAAAUUAGAGGCCAUCGAAGCAGAAAAUCCAAGUGAUGAACUUCUCGAAGAAAUGGCAUCCGCUUUUGUUAAGGACAUCUUGUCAAAGGCGUUGGCACAGGCUCAACAAGGCCUACUUUUGGGUAAUCAAGAAACAGCAAUCAGCGAUAGCACAAUAGCCAUUAUCACUCCAUUCAAGGACCAACAAGUCUCCUCAUCAGUUAACACCACAGUCAUCCAACCAGUAGAUGAUACCAAAAUGGAGGCCAUCGAAGCAGAAAAUCCAAGUGAUGAACUUCUCGAAGAAAUGGCAUCCGCUUUUGUUAAGGACAUCUUGUCAAAGGCGUUGGCACAGGCUCAACAAGGCCUACUUUUGGGUAAUCAAGAAACAGAAAUCAGCGAUAGCACAAUAGCCACCGAAGCCUUUAUCACUUCAGUUGAGGCCCCACAAGACUCUUACACCACAGCCAUCCAACCAGUAGAUGAUGUCAAAUUAGAGGCUAUCGAAGCAGAAAAUCCAAGUGAUGAACUUCUCGAAGAAAUGGCAUCCGCUUUCGUUGAAGACAUCUUGGAAAACGCGUUGGCACAGACUCAACAAGAGCUUCAUGUUGGUGAUCAAGAAACACUAGUCAGCGACACCACAAUCGAUAUUAUCUACAAUGAUGCCACCGAAGCCAUUACCACUCCAGCAGAGGCCCAACAAAUCUCCUCAACAGUCAACACCACAGAUGUCCCACCAGAAGAUGUCAACAAUGAGGCCAUUGCAGAAGGAAGUCUAAGUGACGAACUUAUCGAAAAAAUGGCAUCUGCCUUUGUUAAAGACAUCUUGGCCAAGGCGUUGGCACAGACUCAGCUAGAGCUGCUUGAUUGUGAUCAAGAAACACCAAUCAGCGACAAAACAAUAGAUAUUGUCCACAAUGAAGACACCGAAGCCAUACUUGAGGCACCAAAAGACUCCAAAUCAGUCAACACCACAGUCAUCCAACUAGUGGAUGAUGUCAAAAUGGAGGCCAUCGACGACAAAAGUCCAAGUGAUGAACUUAUCAAAGAAAUGGCAUCCGCCUUCGUUGAGGACAUCCUGUCAAAGGCGUUGGCACAGACUCAACAAGAGCUGCUUGUGGAUGAUCAAGAAAUACCAAUCAGAGAUAGCACAAUAGGCAAGAAAAAAUCUAUCAUUUUAAUAAAUUAUGAUAACGUACAAUAACAUUUUAUACGAAAAUUAAAUAAUAUUAAAAUAAUUAUAAUCCUGCCAGAUAUAACCCAGAAUGAAUCCACUGAAGACAGUAUCACUCUAGUGCUGGCCCAGCAAAACUCCUCAUCAGUCAACACCACAGUCCAACCAGUAGAUGAGAUCAAAAUCGAGGCCAUCGAAGUCGGAAGCCUAACUGAUGAUGAACUAAUCAAAAAAUUAGCAUCCACCCUGGUCAACCACACUUUGUCCAAAGCGUUGGCGGAGAUUCAUCCAGACCUGUUUGUUGGUAAU